ACGAGAUAAGAGAAAGCACACUCUCAACUCUCUUUUGGCGCUCAGGGGAUAACGAGAGGUUCUCUCCGACGACGAUGGUGGCUCUGCAAACCCCUCCGGCAAUCCAAAGGUCUCUCUUCUUCAGCCCCACUUGUUCCUCUUCUUCUCAGCACCAUCAGAAUUUAGUGUUUAAGGGAAAGGAAGGGUUUUCAGUUUCAUGUUAGAGCAGCGGCUUCACCUCCUGCCCAGCAAGAUAGAUCUGGGAGGCGUCAAAUUCUUGUAGCAGGAGUGAUUGCCUCUUCAAUGUCGGUGUCUCUACCUGAAUCUGCAUCAUUUGCAGCAGAGACUAAGAAAGGAUAUCUAGCUGUCACUGACCGCAAGGAUGGAUAUUCAUUCCUCUACCCAUUCGGAUGGCAGGAAGUCGUUGUUCAAGGUCAGGAUAAAGUAUUCAAAGAUGUGAUCGAGCCACUAGAAAGUGUUAGCGUUAACACAGUCGCAACUAGCAAGGGAGAUAUUAGAGACCUUGGAUCACCACAAGAGGUCGCUGAGACUCUGAUAAAAAAGGUUUUGGCUCCUCCUUCGCAGAAGAUAAAGUUGGUUGAGGCAUCAGAGCAUGAUGUUGAUGGUAAAACGUAUUAUACUUUUGAGUUCAUCGCACAGGCACCUAACUUCACUCGCCAUGCUCUUGGUACAGUUACGAUUGGAAAUGGCAAGUUCUACACAUUAACAACAGGAGCUAAUGAGAGGAGGUGGGAGAAGAUGAAGGAUAAACUGCACACUGUUAUUGAUUCAUUCAAAACUUUUGUUGUUUGAUUGAGCUUUCUCUUUUGCUUAAUUUCCCCCUUUAUUUGUAAAGACACAAGAGGGACAAAGUUAAACAAACCCUCAGUUCUCUAUCCCACUGCAUUGCAGAGAUGAAAUUAUUGUUA